CGGACGAUUCAGAUUCGACCCUGUCACAGCCGUCGAUGACGUUGCUCAACUCGACAGACGACUGGGAUGCCGAAGCUAACGAACCGAGCGUUAAUGGGACCGUGCUGUUGGGAACUCAGGUGGAUGCUCGCCAGGUGCUUAAUUCUGCCGUGGAUCGAAAGGAAAGAGGCAGCAAAACGACGAGAGUGCAGUAGUGUAAUUAAGCGUAGCGAAAAAAAUUGGUCUUCGAGAAGGCCUUACGCGAGUUAUGAGUGACUUAUCACCGAAUAUUUGUUUUGAUGCAUUAUCAGUGCUAAAUAGUAAUGUCCAGUUGGUAGAAAAAGUAUGCAGCAUCUGUGGAGCUUCGCAUUACACCCAAAAUUGUCCAGAAUAUGCCAAGGGAGAUCAUAUCGAAGAUAAGCCCUCGCUUAACCUCUCAAGGUCAUCUGUUCCCAAUGGGCUACUGAUAAUGGACGCGGCCGACGGGAGUAGCUGCGUCGUGACAUCACAAAAGUUUGCCAAAGGAACUAGAUUUGGGCCGUUGCUGGCGCAGAAGUCCUACGCACCAAUCAAGAACAUACCAUUUCCUUUGGUGCUAUUCGCCUCACCGUACUACUACGAGAGCGAUCUUGACUAUCACUUGCAAACGCUGUUCAACGGGCGAAAUGUGUAUCUGGACACGCGAAACACGAGCAAGUGUAACUGGAUGAUUCAUGUCAGCUUGGCGAGGUUUUCCAAUGAGCAGAACCUAAUAUGCUUCCAGGAAAACGAUGAAAUCUACUACACGGCGAUCAAAGACAUCGAACUGGGCGACAUUCUGCGCGUUUGGUAUUCACGUAGCUAUGCAGCGAAAAUCGGCGCUUCCCUGCUGGAACCCAGUCCGUAUGACAUAUGUAACAACAUCCUCCGGUCGGUCAGCCUCGAUUACGGACUGAAUCUGGAUCAAAAUCAAAACUACGUGAACGUAGAGUUUCCAUCGACCUCUUCCACCGCCGGUGGCUCCGGUUCCGUUCAAUCAGCCAUGAUGAUCGGCGGUGGAAGUGACGUCAACAACAACAGUAAUCAUCUCUCCGGCAGUGCGACACCGAUGAUGACUUCCGGAGAAUUGAGCUACGAUAAGAUUUCUUUACCACCAAUCGAUAGUUUGAUGAAAACUGGAUCACCCAAAUAUCAAUCCAGUCACUAUCACAUGUUUGAUAUUGACCUGAUCUCAUCAGGAAACGUGACAAUGCAUCAGCAGCAGCAGCUUUGCGACGAUUUCGGUCACUUCAACCCAGUUCCAACGGCAACCAUCACUCAGCCAAUGCAUCAUUCUAGUCAGCACCAUGUUAGUGCGGAACUGGCCCACAAUAAUCAAACGAUGCAGCAUCAGCCACAGCCACUACAACAACAGCAACAUCAGCAGCAGCAUCAAAUUGUAAACUCGACCUAUGGUAAUUAUCAUACGCUUCCGGAGGAUACACUCAGCCCGGCAGAUCUGAUAAGUAUCUCGCUGGGAGCUAGUGACAUGAAUAUCACAUUCGACUCCUUCGGGACGAGUAACCUUCUGAGCUACGAUGGUGGAAGUAGUAGUGGUAGUAAUCUGGGUGAUUCCGGCAUCGGCAGUGUCGGUUACUGCGGUACCGGACAAGGCAUGGAAGGGAAACUGCAUAGCCGGUACUCGUCGUCUACGGACUCGUUGGCCACACUUAACGACUCAUUAGGUAUGGUGCCACCACCGCCAGCUGCUACACCCAAUCCCACCUUGACGACAACAACUGAUCCCGAUGCUGACAAGAAGUACCCUUGCGAGAUCUGCCUGCGCAAGUACAUGACUAAGUCAAAUCUGGACAAGCACAUGCGGAAACAUAACCUUUUCCUCUGUGUAUUUUGCAUGAAGCUCUUCCAAUUGGCGGAAGAAUUAAAGGAUCACGAGUGCACCGAACGAAAAUCUAAAACGGCGUACCUGCAUUGCCCAAAGUGUUUGAAAGUGCUGUCCAAUUCCUGGUCACUUCAGCGUCACAUGAAAAUUCACAAGGACCCAAACGAGAGCGUUCUGGUGGGCAGUUUAGAGGAUACUUCGGACAAGCUCCUGGUAGAGCCAAAGGACGAAACGGUUUUCGAUGAGAUUGACCCUACCCCUUUGGAUGAGUUGAAGCCUAGCAUCGAUCCUUUAGAGAGUGUGAGCGGAGAUGGUAUGAUGAUGGUCGAUGAUACAUCCGAUAUGUUAACGGAUACGGAUCCGAUUCGAGAUCAUGACAUGGAAAUCGACACGGAGUUUGAACCGAUACCGCAGCCCUCGGUGGUUGCUGUGUCCAGCAUGACAACGAUCCCGAUUACCAACACAAGUUCCAGUCAAGACAUGAUUACGGAUGUUCAAGCCCCCAAUGGUAAGCAGUUGUACAAGUGCAUUGUAUGUGCCAAACUAUUCAAAAAUCCAAAUGCAUUGGAGAAGCAUUUGAGAAAAGUUCACACCGUUUAUACGGUUUCGAAUGAUUACAAAUCUGAGAAAAAAGUUAUUACACAAAUCAACCAGAAGAAAACUUCACCUAUCAAGCCAGCAAUUGCCAAGGCCCUGGCCACCAAAUUAACUCAGAAAAGCAAAAAGAUGGAAGCCGCCGCAGCCAAUGGCGGUGAGCCAGCAGCAACUAAUUCCAGUGUCAUUGUCACACCGGAACAACCCGUUCAUGUGCCACGACAGUACAACAAAAAGAAACAUCUGAACAAGCUCUCCGCAUCACCAAAUUCAUCCGCUAGCAUGCAAGUGGCCAUCCCGUCUGCUGCUCCAGCAGUUGUUUCCAACAGUCCGGGGCCAACGACCAGCACUCCGAACAAGUCUCAUAGCAUCAUCAUCAUAUCCAACCUCGAGUUGACCAACAAUAACCUGAUCGAUACUAGUCAGCUAUUUCUUAACCAAAACACCAACGCGUUAGGCAAUAAGAUAGAUCUUAAAGUAUUAAACUCAACCGACAAGUUACCAAAACUCGUGCCCAUCUCAAACCGCCAUCAACAGCCAGCAUCGAUUCUUUCUACAUCGACACCAACAACAGCCCACCAGUUCCAAGGAACCGCCGCCACUUCAAUCCCAUCGUUGCAUCACCCAACGGCCAAUCUGGAUGGCUUGAACACCAUAAUUGAGGAACCCAAUCACCUGAUGGCCACCAGUGAAUCAUCCGGUGAAACGCAACUCCUUGCCCUGCCCCCCAUUAAAAUCAGCAACGGCAACAUGGAACCGCAGCAACUGAUCUCCGUGACCGAUCGGACACCGGACUCGAUCCCCAAUGGUUUUAUCAGCCCGGAGGAGCUCUCCGCGGACGCUAACGAUAUCAACAGCGCUACAAACAGUAGUAGUAACCCGUGCUGCGACGGCGAUAGCGAUAACAGCUCGCGACUAACCCCAUCUAGCAGCAGUAGCGCUAGCUACCCGUGUGAGGAGUGCGAUAGGGUGUUUCCGAAGAACUAUCAACUGAAGCGCCAUAUGGAGAUCCAUGACAGCACGUACUACAUGUGUCCAUACUGUGAUCGGUCACCGCUCAAGGCCAAAACAUCGGUUCGGAAGCAUCUGAAUACGGUUCAUCCGGAGCGCGCUCCUCCAAAAGAAGAGAUGAAUAAGUUCAUCAGUACGCUAGUCGUCAAGGACGAGAAGAUACUUCAGGAACUGUUCGUCAAAAACGAACGCAAAAUUAGGAAUAAGUGCGCAAAGCAACAUGCAAAGCAACUACUGAAACAACAGCAACAGUUGCAGCAGCAGCAACAGCAACAACAGCAGUUGCUGGGAAACAGCAUAGCAAUCGUGGACCAUCAGCACCCGGCUGGUACAAGCCAUGUGAUAAAUGAAGUAACACACCCGGAGGAGAUGUUAAAUGCAUACCAGGGCAGUCAGCACAAUCAGACAGCGUUAGGAGAUGGCGAGGAACAAAACGGGUUCCAUAGAGUAGAGCAAAUCACGCGGUCCGACGAACAACGGCUCAACGGAGAGGAGGAACAUGCUUUUAAAAGAAGAUCCGAGGAACAUCAGGUAAACCACACGGGGCAUGGGAGUGAUAGUAGUUUAGGUGACGAGAGUAAAAAAAUGAAACUAGCAGAUGCUGCGAACGUGGGACCAGAGUUGCGGUACAUUGCCCCAGCAACUGUUAGUGGCAAUGGGGCGCUGAAGUACCUGCGGAAAAGGUCACUAGGUGUGGGCGAGGGCAGUAGCAGCGGUUCGAUGCAGCCCCCGGGGGCGAGUAGCACUGGUGGUGGUGGAUCUACCACCAUGGAUAGUCAGAUAAUGUUGGACAACUUGUUCGAUAAUAUUUCGAUCGAGAACUACGAGUUUGAUGACAACAGCUCCAUCCAGCCGUACAAUCUGAUCGACGAACGGUUCAAGACUUCGUUCGAUCAGAUCCAGGAGAAGCUGGAUGCCGAGCUCUCGUUCGACGAGGAACAAAAGUGGCAGAAUAAUCUGAUGGCAAACGAUUCGUCCAACGAGAUUGGUGAUAAGCUGCUGAACGUGGAGGAGAAUAUAAUGUUAAUUUAGGAAGGAAUGCUGGCAGUGAGAGACAAUCGAAGAUCGCGCGGUUUUGGAUGUCGUUUUUCGUUACAACGUUUCAAAUUGCAUAUAUUUAUUUGUCUUUUGCUGCAACUCUAUUUACUAGCAAUUAAGACUCCAGUGCUAUUUUCCGUUUUUUUGUUUGUUAUUCGGCUUUUUGUUUAUUUAAAAGUGAAGCAUUAUUUAUUAUGAGCACAUUAUAUAAUCAUAAAUACUAUUUAUUGUAGGUUUAAAUUGAACAUAAGGGUUCGUUUGUCUAAAUUAUAAAAAAUAAUUACAGAUAAGUU